AUGCCUCAAGCUCAGCCAGAACUCAAGAAGUAUAUGGAGAAGCGGUUGUUUGUGCAACUGAAUGGAAAUCGCAAAGUGAUCGGUAUUCUGCGAGGUUACGAUGUCUUCAUGAACAUCGUCCUCGAUGACGCCGUUGAAGAGAAAGCCGAUGGAGGGAAGGAUAGAUUGGGCAUGGUGGUCAUUCGAGGAAACUCAGUCGUCAUGCUUGAGGCUCUCGAGCGUAUCGGCGACUAA